GUCCGAUCUGUAAAUUCUUGGAUCACACUUGUGGUGUUUUGCUUCAUCUUAUCAGUUUUGGAUCUGAAAUCUCACGUGACUAUAGACUAUAGUUAGUGUCCAGGAUUGGUUGGUGGUGUUUCCUUGGCCUCUCAGCUGGGAUCAUGGACUCAGACGAAGGGUACAACUAUGAGUUUGACGAGGAUGAGGAGUGCAGUGAAGACAGUGCCGCUGAUGAACAUGAUGAUGAGCUGGAACUGGGUGAAGUAGAGCUUGUGGAGGCUGGGCUUGGUGGAUCGGAGAGAGCUGGGCUAUGUGGAGAGGGAGGAGGAAGUGCCCUUGGUCCUGGACCUGGAGAAGAAGAUGAAGAUUACCGAUACGAGGUUCUCACUGCUGAACAGAUCCUCCAGCAUAUGGUGGAAUGCAUUCGUGAAGUGAAUGAGGUCAUCCAGAAUCCAGCUACUAUUACUAGAAUACUUCUGAGUCAUUUCAACUGGGACAAAGAGAAGCUUAUGGAGAGGUAUUUUGAUGGAAACUUGGAGAAGCUUUUUUCAGAAUGUCAUGUUAUUAACCCCAGUAAGAAGUCACGGACACGCCAAAUGAACACCCGCUCCUCUGCACAAGACAUGCCCUGCCAGAUCUGCUACUUGAAUUACCCUAAUUCAUAUUUCACAGGCCUUGAGUGUGGUCACAAGUUUUGUAUGCAGUGCUGGGGCGAGUAUUUAACCACCAAAAUCAUAGAAGAAGGAAUGGGACAGACCAUCUCCUGUCCAGCUCAUGGAUGUGAUAUCUUAGUUGAUGACAAUACAGUAAUGCGCCUGAUAACAGAUUCUAAGGUGAAAUUAAAGUAUCAGCAUUUAAUAACAAAUAGCUUUGUAGAGUGUAACAGACUUCUAAAAUGGUGUCCAGCUCCAGACUGUCAUCAUGUGGUGAAGGUUCAGUAUCCUGAUGCCAAACCUGUACGUUGCAAAUGUGGCCGUCAGUUCUGCUUCAACUGUGGAGAAAAUUGGCAUGACCCAGUCAAGUGUAAGUGGUUAAAGAAGUGGAUUAAGAAAUGUGAUGAUGACAGUGAGACAUCAAACUGGAUUGCAGCUAAUACUAAGGAGUGCCCAAAAUGUCAUGUUACUAUAGAGAAAGAUGGUGGCUGUAACCACAUGGUGUGCCGGAAUCAGAACUGCAAGGCAGAGUUUUGUUGGGUGUGCCUGGGUCCGUGGGAGCCCCAUGGCUCUGCUUGGUAUAACUGUAAUCGCUACAAUGAGGAUGAUGCAAAGGCUGCACGAGAUGCACAGGAGGUGAGUAGAUCCCGAGCGGCCUUACAGAGAUACUUAUUCUACUGCAACCGCUACAUGAACCACAUGCAGAGCUUGCGAUUUGAGCACAAGCUCUAUGCCCAAGUGAAGCAGAAGAUGGAGGAGAUGCAGCAGCACAACAUGUCAUGGAUCGAAGUGCAGUUUCUGAAGAAGGCAGUGGAUGUGUUGUGCCAGUGCCGCUCAACUCUCAUGUACACUUAUGUCUUCGCGUUCUACCUCAAGAAGAACAACCAGUCUAUUAUCUUCGAGAAUAACCAGGCUGAUUUAGAGAAUGCGACAGAGGUUCUGUCUGGAUAUCUGGAGAGGGACAUUUCCCAAGAUUCACUGCAAGACAUUAAGCAAAAAGUACAAGACAAGUACAGAUAUUGCGAGAGCAGGAGGCGAGUUCUGCUACUUCACGUGCAUGAAGGUUAUGAGAAGGACUUGUGGGAAUAUAUCGAGGACUGAUCCGUCCCUAGAGACCAACCUCUGUUGCCACCUGACACUAGAGCUAAACUUCCCAUUAAAUGCAACUCUGCUCCGAGGCUGGCCCCCCGCACAGAUGCCUCUACUCCUUUUCUUGCUGUCAUCUCUUGCUCUCUUUCUCUCUUGCCUGGCCUUUGGUUUAUUUUUUAUUUUUUGUUAAUGGAAAGUUUAAGUAAAUUAUAUUGUAAUAAUAAAAGGAAAGCAGCUAGAAGAGGAUAUGGUUUGACAGUAUUGUAGCCAUAUUUAACCCGCGCCAGUUUGGGGGGUGACAAAGUAUUGUUGUGCUUGUUAUACUGCUAUACAAAUUGUUGAUGUCCCCUUUUGACUGUCGAUGGGUUAACGCGUGUGUGGCAAUCACAGCUACUUGCCUAAGCUUUCUCUUAUUUUUGCUUUCCCCUUAAUAGAAAUUUCCUUAUAUAGCUCCGUUCAGAAGGUAACCCUUCUCCUAAAUUCCAUGUUCUCUCUUGCUUCUUCUUUGUGCCUUUCUUGGCCUCCCUGUCCUCCCUUCUUUGUCAUUUCCCUGCUGUUCUCUUCCUCACGUAUUCACACCUCUCUACGAUGACUCCCAGCACCUUUUGUAACUGAGGGUUGGAGCUGAACUGCUUUCAAAUGUUAAAAAAACAAAAGGCGAUAAACAUAGCUUUGUACAUGACUUUUAAAAACAAAAGAUUAAAACGAACAGAAGACAGCAGUAUUUUUCAAACUUGUAAAUAGUGCAUCUGCAUGAGCAGGACGAAGGAGGCAGGACGCACGGUGUUUGCAUCAUGUUUAAGUACAAAACAGAAAAAAAAAUAUUUAUUCUUUCUUGAAGAUCGCUGGUUUUGGCUGUGCUGUUUUAUUCCUGGAAUCUUGCUAUUGCUCCAGUGUGGUUCAAACACCCUUCUGAAUCACUGAUCCAUACACAGCAACAACUUGGUGAUAGCUGCCUUGUAUUAAGAAGAUCAAGCUGAUGCAGUGAGAUACACUGAUGGUCAUUCCCCGUUUGGGAGUAAAACAGUUACAUCAGGAAGGUUUAAGGUUAAACAUUGUGUCCCAACGAAGAGCAGAGUAACCUGAUUUGAUUUGGUUGAUGUUUGGGGGGGGGGGCUGAGAGGAGCUGUGACAUAGAGGAUUGACUUUUGGGGGACUCCGUGGUUAGAAUGCAAAUUAAUCAGUCUUCUGAACAGGAUAUGGUGAUUGGAAUGGAUUUGCGGGUUUUGACCAUGUGACAGUUAAAUUUAAUAGACCAAAUGAGCAAAGUUACUGGAUUAGUGACUUUUAUUGUGUUAAGAUUGUGCAUAAAGGGCACCUUUAACUGUU